AUGUCCGAUUCAAAUCAAAAUGAGUCCGACCAGGAUUUAGAAGGUCUGCCUCCAUCUGUGAGACGGUACAUUUACGAAGGACAAGAUCACUUCUCUCGAAUCGUCGCAGUUGAACGAGAACGCCUACUCAACUCAAUGCAAAAGUCUCGUGAACACAACGAAUUCAAUACUGCAUCCGACGAUAUCUCCAACACUGAGCCAGCAACCUGUGAGGUCACCGAAUUCCUUAUUUUCAAUAUUGAUCCAUUUACCUUCCGACGGGAUUUCCUCGAACACAAUCCGAUCCUUACCUUCUCCAUCCGACUAUCAUUCAAUCCGAAAAUGCACACACUUAUCAUCAAGAUGGUUACCGCCGAACAUACCCAGGUCGGUGCCAUUUUCAGAAAGGCCGUCGAUGGGGUUCUUGAACCUAUGGGGCUUGAUAACGCCCUCAAUUACGUCUACGAAGCUGUGGAUAUUGAUGUCAAUGGAAGAAGGAAGCAGGCAGAUCUAGGCUGGGGGCCAAGAAGGCCCCCUCCUGGCUGUCCUAAACGACCCACAGUGGUCGUCGAGGUUGGGGUGUCUGAGACGCAAAGUAAGUUAUGCCGAGACGUAAAUCUUUGGCUCGAUCCGACACGUGGAAUGGUGGGAGUAGCGAUUGCAAUUAAGAUAAAUUGCAAAAAACCGAUGAUCACCAUAGAUAAAUGGACGUGGGACCCAGCUACCAGGAACGCAGUUCAGACACAACACAUCGAGGUUUCGGAAGACCAGACAGACAAGGUCGAGCUGUCUGGAGGUCCUUUGAUAAUUCCGUUUCGUCACUUAUUUCUACGAGACCCCCAGACCCCAAGAGAAAAGGACGUUAUCAUAGAUAGGGAAUGGUUGAUUGAUAUUGCCGAGCGGGGUUGGGAGAUGCAAUUUCAGUAA